CAUUUCAUAUAAAACAAAGAAAAACGAACACAGAAUGAACGAAAAAGGAAAUGAAAAUCACCAAAAAAAAGAAGACAUGAUGAAAUACAUUGUUUUCUGUGGUUUACUGGGAUUCGCAUUUGGUUGCAAUAGUACAGGAUAUGGAAAUGUUGCCUUCACAGCCCUGGUGUCCAAAGACAUAACAGUAGCUUCUAUGGCUGUUGUAAAGUAUGAUCACGUGUUGACAAAUUUGGGAGGAGCCUAUCAACCGAAAACUGGGGUUUUCACCGUCCCCUAUAACGGCAUCUACACCAUCUCCUGUAGCUUACUGAGUCAUCCAGCUAACUACGUUCAUCUAGAUAUCAUGAAAAACAAAGCUGUAUUGUCUACGUUGUUUGCUGCAGCCAAAACUCACCCACACUCCGGUCAGACAUUGCAGCUGGUAUUAAAGAAAGAUGACAAAAUAUGGGUUAGGAACGCUAACAACAAACCAAGAAUGCUCCAUGACCGUAAAGUGUAUAAUAUGUUUUCUGGUGUUCUAAUCCAAGAGUGUUUUGACGAUCAAUAAAACAAAACUAUGAGAGAAAAAGCA